AUGAUCGAUGAAGGAAGAAGAAAUCUUAAUUACUUCGUUUACACUCUAAAAUUCAGCUUGACAAACACCUCUCAUCUAGUACCUGUUUCCAUGGCAGCUGCUUUUCUUCUUCUCUUCAUGUCCACGGCUUUCUGGUUCUUGCCGGAGCUUGCAUUUGCAAAUAUUAAUGCCAACAUCAUGACGAGGCACUACAAGUUUGAUAUCAAAUUGCAAAACGUAACGAGAUUGUGCCACACGAAGAGCAUUAUAACCGUGAAUGGACAAUACCCAGGGCCUCCCAUAGUCGCAAGGGAAGGUGAUCGAGUUGUUGUGAAGGUGAUUAACCAUGUUCAGAACAAUGUCACAGUGCACUGGCAUGGCGUUCGACAGAUUCAGAGCGGUUGGGCGGAUGGGCCGGCUUAUGUGACUCAGUGCCCUAUACAGAAGGGUCAGAGCUACGUGUACAACUUCACAAUUACUGGGCAGAGAGGGACGCUCUUCUGGCACGCCCACAGCUCAUGGCUAAGGGCAACCCUCUAUGGACCCAUCAUCGUCCUCCCCAUGCGCAACCUUUCUUACCCUUUCCCCAAACCCUACAAGGAAGUCCCCAUCAUCUUCGGAGAGUGGUGGAACGUAGACCCUGAGGCAGUAAUAAACCAAGCUAUGCAGACUGGAGGGGGACCCAAUGUCUCCGAUGCAUACACCAUUAACGGGCUCCCUGGACUCCUCUACAACUGUUCUACCAAAGAUACAUUCAAACUAAAGGUGAAGCCUGAGAAAACAUAUCUACUUCGUAUAAUCAAUGCUGCCAUGAACGAUGAGCUCUUCUUCAGUAUUGCUAACCACUCAGUCACCAUAGUUGGAACAGAUGCCAGCUACGUAAAACCCUUUAACACAGACACUCUCCUUGUUACUCCAGGACAAACCACAGACGUUCUUCUUCGUACCAAACCAUACUUUCCAAAUGCAACUUUCUUCAUGGCUGCAAGACCCUAUUUCACAGGCCAAGGCACCUUUGACAACUCUACCACAAUUGGGAUCCUUGAAUAUGAAUUACCACCACCAUUUGAUUUUUCUUCGCUUUCUCCAAGAUUUUCCAUGAAAAAUCUUCCAUUGUUCGAGCCAACUCUCCCAAACAUCACUGAUACUUCCUUUGUUGUCAAUUUCACUAGUAGACUCCGUAGCUUGGCCACUUCACAGUUCCCAGUUAAAGUCCCACAAAAAGUUGAUAAGAGCUUCUUUUUCACUGUAGGAAUGGGUACAAGCCCAUGUCCCAUAAAUCAAACUUGCCAAGGCCCAAAUGGAGCAAAGUUAUCGUCUGGACUGAACAACAUCUCUUUUGUACUCCCAAGUGUGGCCAUCCUUCAGGCCCAUUACUUUGGUCAAUCCAAGGGAGUAUAUACCACUGACUUCCCUACAAAAGCACCCAUCCCCUUCAACUAUACGGGAACUCCUCCUAACAACACCAUGGUCAGCAAUGGCACCAAGGCAGUGGUACUUUCCUUCAACACUAGUGUGGAACUUGUGUUGCAGGACACUUCCAUCCUUGGUGCUGAAAGCCACCCACUCCACCUCCAUGGCUACGACUUCUUCGUGGUUGGCCGGGCGUUCGGUAACUUUGAUCCCAAUAAGGAUCCACCAAAUUAUAAUCUUGUCGAUCCAGUUCAGCAGAAUACCGUAGGCGUGCCAGUUGGCGGUUGGGUUGCUAUUCGCUUCUUCGCAGACAAUCCAGGAGCAUGGCUUAUGCACUGUCACUUCGAGAUCCACACAAGCUGGGGCUUGAGGAUGGUGUGGAUCGUCUUGGAUGGAGAACUCCCCAAUCAGAAGUUACCACCUCCACCCUCCGAUCUACCCAAGUGUUGACUUUGACUACUGGUUUCGUUUGUGCGUGGCUUCCAUUUUGGAGUGCUUGUGUUUGUAGAGUGGACCUUUUGGCACUCUUUCUUUCUUUCUUCCCCAACUUUU